UCAGCCUCAGGUAGAAAGUGGGGAUAAAGUUAUAUUGCCUCAGUCUGCACUCCAUAGUCUUGCAACUAUGCAUAUGGAAUACCCCAUGUUGUUUGAGCUUUGGAAUCCUUCCACGGAACAUGUCGUAUAUUGUGGUGUCUUAGAGUUCACUGCUGAAGAAGGCGAAUUAUAUAUGCCCAAUUGGAUGAUGGAGAACAUGCAUUUACAAGAGGGCGAUUACGUGGAAGUAAAGAACGGCACCCUUCGAAAGGGUACUGUGAAACUGCAACCUUACACCAAGGAAUUUUUGGAUAUCUCAAACCUAAAAGCCAUUUUAGAGACUACUCUACGGAGCUUCACUUGUUUAACCACUGGCGACCGCAUUAUGUUGGGCUUCAAUAAUAAAAAAUAUUAUAUAAACAUUGUGGAAACGAGACCAACUCCAGCCAUCUGUAUUAUUGAUACAGACUAUGAGGUGGAUUUUGCUCCCCCUCUCGAUUACAAUGAGCCACAAAGAUCUGCUACCACUCUCUCAUCAAGCCAGACACCUGAUAAAGAAGAGCUUUCAAAGGAAUUUGAGAAGUUCAUCCCUUUUACAGGGGUUGGAUGGCGAUUAGAUGGAAAGCUUUCUUCCGACAUUCAAUCUCCUAACCCUUCUACUAAUGUUCAGACCUCUUAA